AUGCCUUGGUUCCUGUCCCGCUUCCUUUCUCAGAUCUGCCGGGGCGGUGGUGACAGGGUUACCCUGCCCCCUUGGCUGGCGCCGUUUGCGCUGGAGCCGGGGUCCGGAUCCCACGCCGCCGGCCUGGCCGCCCCUGCUUCUGGCUCCUCACCUCUGUCCCCUGCCCCAGCCGUUCCACGCGCCUCUAACCCCAUCCGGGUUGGCAGCCUCCCCUUCCUCUGUCCAGGAGCUCUCUUGGCCCUGGCCUCGGGGCACAGAGGCCCCUGGCUCGCCGCCUUCCUUCCAUCUCGUUGGAGGAGGUCGGCGCCGGGGGUCUGCGGAGUGAGCGUAGUGGUCCAAGCCGAGCAGGCGAUGGAGGCUGGAGCAGAACUGGGCGACCUCGCUCCUGCCCCCAGACUGCCGCCGCCUUGUUCAGCACCUCUGCAGCCCCCCACGGAAGGCUUCAGCCUCCUGAUGACCACAGUGCAAGGGUCAGGGUCCUUGUCCUCGAGGUGUUUUCAGUUUGAUGAGAUGAGAGUUCCGAAGGGAAAAAAGCUACGCGGUCCCGGUUUCUUUGGGGCGCGGCCGUCACUUGGCCCCAGCCGCCGGCCUCUCAGCUGUGGUCACCCGGCAGUGGAGGAGCUGUUUGCACAUGGCAGGCCUUUGCGAACCUUUCUGGAGCGCCAGGCAAGGUCUGACGCCCCAUUGCAGGUCAGGAGGCCCAAGCUGGUGGUGGCCGCCAAACUCCUGAGCGAGAAAGAGCAGGAACUGCGGGAGACCGGGCACCUGCUUGAGAAUGCAGAUCUAAGGAGACUUGCAGGGAAUGAAAUAACUCUGUGUCGAAAAGAAAUUACACAGCUGAAACAACAGAUCGUUUUACUUUUGGUCCCCUCAGAAGAAACAGAUUUUGAAAAUGAUUUGGUCCUGGAGGUAACUGCAGGAAUUGGGGGUGGCCUUAGACAUGCAUCCGCCAGCAUUGGGGGUUCAGAAGCCUAUACGCUCAUGAAAUUUGAAGGAGGUGUGCACGGAGUACAGAGAGUGCCAAAAACAGAGAAGCAAGGCUGCGUCCAUAAUAGCACUAUGGCUGUAGCAAUACUACCCCAGCCUACUGAGAUUAACCUGGUGGUUAAUCCUAAAGAUUUGAGAAUUGAUACAGCCAGCGGAGCUGGGGGGCAGCAUGUAAAUACCACAGACAGUGCCGUCCGGAUAGUUCAUCUUCCCACAGGAAGAAGAAAAAGAAUGAGAAGGAACUGA